AAAUUUUUAGUGGUUCAUUGUACGCUGAUGAAGAUGAAGGCUUUUGGAUUCGCUUUAUUGUGUGUGUUCGCCGCAGUGCAGGGUCGCAGCACUGGUGCAGGCUCUCCGUCUACUCCCGCGCAAAUUAGUGACAACCCGUGGGUAGUACACUUGCGUGUCGCCACCACCGACGGUCAAGGUCUCCUCAGAACAUGCGUUGGCUCAAUCGUCGAUGUAUCCUGGGUCCUUACCUCGGCUAGCUGUCUUAGGAAUGCCCGCUUCAUCUGGGUCCGUUAUGGCGCUACUGAUGUGGUCCGUCCUGAAUUGGUGACAGAGAGCACCACAGUCCGCAUCAACCCCGACUACGACGAAGAAACCGGUGUUAACAAUGUAGCUCUUAUUAGCCUCAACCGAGUUUUGGAAUAUACUGAAAACAUCAGUUCCAUCGAUCUGGCCGAUAGUAGCACUGAAGCGCCUACCUCUGGCAAACUUUGCGGCUACGGCGCUGUUGAAGGCGUUCCCGGAGAAAAGCUGAACUGCUUCAACGUUGGUUUGGAUGCUAAUGAAGAUGGCAGCCUUAUUGGCAGCAGUGAAGACGGCGAAGCCACCGAGUUCGACUUGGGGGCUCCUCUCGUGAGUGACGACAGGCAAGUCGGCGUGCUCACCAGCGUCGCGGAAGGCAGUGCAGUAUUCCUGAACGUCGCUAAAUACAACGACUGGAUCUCUGAAGUUACCCGCCCGCAAUAACAUACUUCAGCUAUUAAAUACACGCGUUGACAGAAGUGCGUGUAAUGUAAUAUUAAGGAAUAAAUGAAAUAU